ACGGCUGUACGAUUACGUUGAGACAGUGUGUGGUCGCACGGCGGUUCACUGAUUUAAGUCAGUAUUGCACAAUGUUUCCAGUUGACCAGCUACAGCGCUUUCAAGUAAUCAACCCUGACCAUAAAUUCAUCAAGCCUUGGUGGGAUACCUUUACUGAUUACAUUGCUACAGCCUUGUUGAUGAUGGCCGUACUAGCAGGGGUAAUGCAAGCUACACAGAGGGACCUGGUCUGCGUCCCUGCUAUUGACUGUAGCUUAAGCCAUAAUCAGAGCUUUAAUCACAGCGGCGUUUGUCAAGGUAGCAAGUCGACAAUGCUGCUGAAAUUACCAGACAGACGUCUAUACGACUAUGUUGAGAAAGUGUGUGGUCGCACGGCGGUUCACUGGUUUGUAGCUUACUUUCCGUUUAUAAUUUYCCUCGAGGCAAUUAUUCUUAUUGUUGUUCAAAACUUUUGGUUAAAGUACCCGGGGACAGCUUCAAUCAUAGAUCAGUUCKUGUCAUUGGUCAUUGAAUGUUAUAAUAUGACGUGGACAAGUUCAGCUCUCGAGAAUGCUAUAUAUGAAGUAAACAUGUAUGAAGAAAAUGAAAGACGUAGGGGAGACAUUUCUGAGACAAAGAAUACAUCAACGUCUGCCACUGCGUCCCUUGACAUAAUGGAAGGUAUCAAAGCUAAAGCACUUUAUGAAAAAGUUGAUCAAUUUAGAAAAAGUUGUUUACCUUCUUUUACUGGUAUCUUUAGAAAAAUAUUUUGGAUUCAUUUGUUUCAAGUAAUACUACAAUUAGCUGCUUCCAUCGCUACUUUUGAUGUUAAUAUCUAUUACCUGAGUACAUUUAAUAAUAAUAUGAUAUGUAAAAUUGAUGAUAUUAUAGAUAAAAACUACAGCUAUUUUAAAUGCACUAAUGGCAUAGUUUCCUAUUUGGAAGUUACAAACAUAACAUUUUGCAUUCUGAUUGGAUUAUAUUUCAUUUUUUGCUUUUGCAAUUUAAUUUUUUGCGUAUGGACUUUUAUGACUAAAAGGUUCAGGGAUUACAAUGGAGAUACAAAUGUAGAUAUGUGCUUUCUUCUUUGUCUGCUGAAAAAGUGCAAUAAGUUGCAUUUUGUAAGAUUUAGAGUUUUUUUAACUGUGGAGAUGAAACAGGAGACAGAAAAUGAGAUAUUGAUGAUUGACAAAUGGCCUUCGAAAAGGUUUAAGAAAAUUGCUGAAGACGAUGGCCGAGCUUUACAGCUCUUUAACGUAGAUGAUACUACGAAAACAAUCUUCAAAACGGAAGAACUCAAAUUCCUAAGACUGGAGAAUUGCAAUGUUUACGGCUACUUGCUCCACAAUCAAUUGCACAAUGACUUUUGGAAGUCGAUAGACUCCUUAUCUAUAGUAUCGUGUGGCCUAUAUUACGUUCCAGACGUUAUUCUAACAAGAAUGUGGUCUUUAGUCAAGUUAGAUUUGUCUCACAACAAAAUCAAAACAAUUCCUAAAAACAUUGGUCAAAUCAAAUUCUUACGCUAUUUAGACAUUUCAUAUAACAAUAUUUCCGAAGGAAUAGACAACCUCUUACAAAUGCAGACACUUGUCAAAUUAAAUCUACGAGGAAACGACUCUAUCAAGCUGAACGAGGAUCACCUGCAACAAGAGAUAAAUCUAAUGAAAUUAGAAAUCAGCGACGAUGUGCUAGAGGAAACUUUCAUGAUGACUGAAGAAAUGUCAUCAAAGCUUGAGAAUAUCAUCGUAACGCUACCAGAGAAUGACUUCGUUAUCAAAUAUUCGUUAGAAAGAGCUCCUAUUAUCGAAGAUAUGAGAAAAAAUAGGCAGUGCUAUAAUAUGACUUCAAACCCGAAAGGUGUGGUUGCAAUUAUCGACACGACGGCGGAUGGAAAUAAGUACGAAAACUUAGAAAGAGUAUUCAAAGAAAUUGGUUAUAAUGUCGAAAAGGUCCCACAAGAUAACGUCAGCACAAUUAAAUCGCUCGAGAAAACGCUAUCGGACUUGUUUCGCGGAUAUGAUUCUGCAAUCUUAAUAAUGACCGCUGAAGGAUAUAUAGAUGGAUUGUAUCUUGGAGAUGAGCUAGUGGACAUAGACAAAAUUUACAAAUGUCUUCCAAAAAACGGUCUAAAAGGAAAGCCAAAGCUCAUAUUCUUGCAAGUAGAUUCAAUAGCAAAAAACCCUGAUUAUAUUUACAAGCCAUCGAGAGCUUUCACAUAUCCCGAUACGUUUAUUGCCUAUACAGUCUUCUAUGAAUUUCAAGGAGCUAACCAGUUUUUCGAAACAUUGGUUGAAGUGUUUUCGAAUUAUGCUUGGGAAGAAGAUUUUCUCAGUCUCAUGAAAUGUGUUAAGUAUGAAUUGUCUCGUAAAUUCAGAAACAAAGAAUACGAACACUUCUAUGCUCCCAAGAUUGGUGGCCUGAAGAAGAAAUUGUACUUUUUCCCAGGGUACUAUGACAAUAGAGUGCGGAUUACGAAUGUAUGAUUAUGCAGUCGCAGAGGGAUUGCCAAGUGUGCUACUUUACACAUAUAGUUUGCUUCAGGCAAUUAGUGGUUGCGUGUUCAUUAUUGCCACUUAGAGUCAUUUUCAUCCGUGUGUGAAAUAGGAAUUGUAGUAUUAAAUACUAUUACCCCCUAUUGCCUAAUUUCAUGGCGAGCGGGGGACUGGCACUACCGGAUUUUGCCGGACAUUUCUGAUUCCAGAUUCAAUAUGGCGGACGAUAAACAAAGUAGUCGCAAUUCUUCGUGUGCAUGUGAYGUCAUAGUCACGCAAAAAAUCUCGCAAAAUCCAAAAUAUUUUUGCUAAAGAGCUGUUCUUACAAUAUGUCUUAAAUAUAUUUCUAGAUAGUGUGUAUGGAAAUUUUCAGACGAAUUCAACGCUUUGGUGGCGAAUCACAAAAGUUUUAGUUUGUGCGGAGUUUAAUUUAUUCUACUUUUAGAUCGUAAACAAAAACUUCGAAA